UCUCCUCCCCCACUCCUUCCUCCUUCCUCCCAUCCCGAGUCCUCUCUUCCACCGCUCCUUCCUCCUUCCCCCCAUCCUGACUCCUCUCCUCCCCCUCUCCUCCUGCCCCGGCCCCUCCCCCCGCUAGUAUGGCCAUGGUCGUGAACCCUUGGCAGGAGGAGAUCCCCGGGGGCCCGCCAGGCGCCCAGCCCCCUCCGGGCCUGCCGUGCGCUCCGGAGCCGGGGGUGGCCCCUCCGCCGCCGGGCCCCCCGAAGGGCGCGGUGGCCCCGGGCCCGGCGGAGGCGGGCGAGAAGGGGGGCGCCCCGCCGAGCGUGGACUGCAUGGUGUGCGGGGACAAGUCCAGCGGGAAGCACUACGGGCAGUUCACCUGCGAGGGCUGCAAGAGCUUCUUCAAGCGCUCGGUGCGCCGCAACCUGAGCUACACCUGCCGCAGCAACCGGGAGUGCCCCAUCGACCAGCACCACCGCAACCAGUGCCAGUACUGCCGCCUCAAGAAGUGCCUCAAGGUCGGCAUGCGCCGGGAAGCCGUGCAACGGGGACGCAUGGCCCACACGCAGACCAGCCCGGGCCAGUACCUGCUGAACAACGGAGACCCGUACAAUGGCCACUCCUACCUGACCGGCUUCAUCUCCCUGCUGCUGCGGGCCGAGCCCUAUCCAACCUCCCGCUACGGGGCCCAGUGCCUGCAGUCCAACAUCAUGGGCAUCGAGAACAUCUGCGAGCUGGCUGCCCGCCUGCUCUUCAGCGCCAUUGAGUGGGCCAAGAACAUCCCCUUCUUCCCUGACUUCCAGCUCUCUGACCAGGUGUCCCUGCUGCGCAUGACCUGGAGUGAGCUCUUCGUGCUCAACGCCGCCCAGUGCUCCAUGCCGCUGCAUGUGGCCCCGCUGCUGGCGGCCGCUGGCCUCCACGCCUCACCCAUGUCGGCCGACCGGGUGGUGGCCUUCAUGGACCACAUCCGGGUCUUCCAGGAGCAGGUGGAAAAGCUCAAGGCUCUGCACGUCGACUCGGCGGAGUACUCCUGCCUCAAGGCCAUCGCUCUGUUCACGCCAGAUGCAGUAGGCCUCUCGGAUCUGGGCCCCGUGGAGAGCAUCCAGGAGAAGUCGCAGUGCGCCCUGGAGGAGUACGUCCGGAACCAGUACCCCAACCAGCCCAGCCGCUUUGGCCGGCUGCUACUCCGCAUGCCCUCCCUGCGCAUCGUCUCCGCGCCCGUCAUCGAGCAGCUGUUCUUCGUCCGCCUGGUGGGCAAGACGCCCAUCGAGACCUUAAUCCGAGACAUGCUGCUGUCGGGAUCUAGCUUCAACUGGCCCUACAUCCCCAUGCAGUGAGGAGGGCGGCAGGAGGAGCUGGGGGCUCUGGGGCAGCGGAGACGCGCCCCUGGAUUCCGUCCGGAGCAGGAAGGAUCGCCGUGACCCCUCCCUGCUUUGGAGGAAUGGGCAGGACUCACCGCCGGCACGUUGGAGGGCGGGGGUUGACGGUCCCACGGCGCUGGGGCGUGGGGCGUGAGGCCCAGCGUCUGGACUCCGGAGAACAAAGGGGAGUGGAACUGAUUCUUGAGGGGAUCGAUUCUCAAAAGGCCCGUCCUGUUCCCUUCCCAAUGGGGCAGGAAUUCCCACUUGCCCCCCUGUCCCAGCCCCGAUUUAAUCUACCAGUGUGACACAGACAUAACCACAUUUAAUCAUGCAGCUACCUGUACUCGUUUGCUUCUGUUUGACCUGUACGCACGGAAAAAUCUGGACCUUCCUCCUACCCCGGCCUGCGAGGGGACUCUGCAAACCAGGGACAAUCUGCACCCUACCCGUGGGACUUCCAAGCGCCCAACGACUUGCCGCUGCCCGGCAGCCUGCGCGUACCGAAUCCGACGGCUGGGCAGCUGAGCCCACGCGAGCCUGUCUCUGGCUUUUGACUAUAUCAGCAUUUGGUAUCCGGCAGCUGAGAACUGAGGACUCAUUACCGGAGUGGCCUUGAUCAUGCGACAAAUUGCUCUCUCCCUUUUUGGUGGGGGCAGGAGGGUUGUCAAAAAAAAAGGGGGAGGGGGAUUAUGGCUUGGUAAAACACACACAAAGCUGAGCCUGCAAUCUCAUUGCCCGUGUGUGUGCGUGUGUGUGUGUGUGUGUGUGGUGGGAUGGGGAGGGGUAAAGUUUACCAAUCCCCUUGGAAUAAAAGGCCUGAGGCAUGGACUAUUUAUAAAUAAAAUAAACCUAUAUUAUAUCCUGAAUUCUUCUGUUCUCCCCUUGAACAUGAAAAUGUAUAUUCUCCCCCCCCCCCCCGCACCCUGUCUCCUUUUGUUUUUUAAUUUCCCCCUUCUCCUUUGUAAAGAUAUUUUGCUGUGGAUUGUGGAUUUCUCUUUGGAAACAAACAAAACAAAACAAAAACCCACCACUUUUUUAUUUUAUUUUAUUUUUUUGGUGGAGCUGGCGUUAUAAUUAAAACUGAUGAUUGCUGAAUUCA